AUGUACCUGUCGGACGACGGCGACGUGCUCGACCUCACUGGUAACCAGCUCAAGGACCUCGCCGGCAUUCCCCUCCCACCGACUCUCACCGAUCUGGACCUCACCACCAACCGCCUCGCCGCGCUGGACCCGCGGAUCGGCGACCUGGAGCGGUUGGAGAAGCUGUCGUUCCGACAGAACCUUAUAACGGAUGCGGCUGCAGCGGGGCUGAAGGAUCUGAACCGGCUGACGUCACUGAAAGAGCUCGUGCUGAGGGACAAUCUUCUCAAGAAAGUGCCCUGCGUCUCCCCCCUCACCGCGCUCUCCCUCCUCGACCUCUCCUACAACCACAUCCACGCCAUGGCGCCCCUCACCUCCUCCGCCCUCCCCGCUCUGCGCGAGCUGUAUCUGGCGAACAACCGCAUUGGACACAUUGAGGCACUCGAAGGGUUCACGCAGCUGAGGCUGCUGGAGCUGGGGUCCAACAAGAUCCGGGUGAGUGUGGGGCGGGGGGGGGAGGGGGUGGGGUUGGUUGGUUACAUGCAGGGUGGGAAGGGGGUGAGGUUGGUUACAUGCAGGGUGGGGAGGGGGUGGGGUUGGUUACAUGCGGGGUGGGGAGGGGAUGGGGUUGGUUACAUGCGGGGUGGGGAGGGGGUGGGGUUGGUUACAUGUGGGGAGGGGAUGGGGUUGGUUACAUGCGGGGGGGAGGAGGGGGUGGGGCUGGUUACAUGCGGGGUGGGGUGGGGAGGGGGUGGGGUUGGUUACAUGCGGGAUGGGGAGGAGGUGGGGUUGGUUACAUGCGGGGUGGGGAGAGGGUGGGGUUGGUUACAUGCGGGGUGGGGAGGGGGGGCUGAGAUGCAGUGA